CCGCUCUGAAAACCGUGUUGCACUUUCCACUUCCGUCAAUCGUUGGUCAAGAGGCACUGGGACGAGCUACGCCAGUCAUGUCGGUCAACUUGAUGUGUACCAGUGACAUAUUCCCUGUUGAGUUUCUUGAUGUCUAUGAUGACGGCUUCAAUUUCCAAGCCCUCGUUGAUGUGGACGACAUAGAUGGACCUGUGAGGGUGGACUCUUUCAGGAAGUCUCCACAGUGCUACAGUAGUUUGAUUCAUAAUAAAGACAACAAAUAUCUGCUUUUAGGGGAUGACAGCCAAUUUGAAGUCCAAAACUUAACUUUCCAACAGAUAUGCUUGCCUGAUUGCAAAUUCAACUUUCAGUUUUACGAUGACUCUGGCCAUAAGGUCAGGAAGGGCUCUGCUGUCAUACUGUAUGCUAUUAAAAAUGAUCGUAAGAUGGUGGUUUGCUGUAGUGACAGGCGAAAAAUUUACCCAAAGGCGAUGGAUAUUCCAGAGAAGAUCGAAGCAGCGAAACAUGAAGCUUUAUUCUACAUGAGUCCACUACCUGAAGGAACAAAAAAAUACAUGUUCGAGUCCUCCCUUUACCCGUAUGAAUUUUUGGGUUUUGAGCCAGCAAAACAUAAUUCUCAACUCACCUUGGUCUUGCAUCGUAAAGUUGACGAAGUGGAUGAACGUUGUCAGAUCUCCCUUUCCUAAAUGUUCACGUUUUAUAAUAUAAACUUGUCACAUUAAGCUAAAUUACACUUGUCCAGUGCAACCAUAUUUCAUCAUGUGAAAUUGGUAAAAACUCCUCAGAAACAGACCAAUUGCUUGUUUCUGUCUUAACUGAAAUAAACAUUCAACCUAUAAAUCAUCUAAAAGCUCAAA